AUGCUGACAUGUUUUCAUCAUCUUGUGUUUUGUUCUGUGUAAAACCAGUGAAAAAAAAAGAAUUGCAAACCGGAGAGUUCAGUGCUUUUAUCAGGGUCUUAGAAAUAGACUGGUUUUUAACAGGCGGGGCCAAAAUACUCAUACGUAAUUGGUUGAAAAAUUCAUGCACGAGCAAUGCAUGUGGCCCGUGUUUAUGAUCGAUAUGCCGAUGUUCGUGCUGUGUACGAACGGUAUUUUCAGGGAUAUUUUCCCCCAAUUUUAUCAACUCGGGCGAUUCUAAAUCUGCUUCAAAUUUCUAAAUUUCAUUGGAGCUGUUUUCAAGUUCUGUGCUCCUUUCCUUUGGUCAGGGCGGUCGUCCAAUAAGCGAGCUGUAUUUUCAGAAGAUCGGAUUCCCAUAGAAGUAGGUCAGUUCACCAAGUUCAUAAACAUCACCUCUACUCACUGCUGACCGAGCCUUCUGUGGAGUUGUGUGCAUUGAACUAGGCAUGUACUAAGCACGUGAUACGAAGGGGACUGUAUGGGGAUGGUGCAGGGAUUGACUAUUGACUGCUGUGCGAUGAAAUAGUAUGACUAUUGACUGCGGUGCAUUGAGAUAAGACGGUUACAAAAUCACAACUCAAUAUAGUAAACAGUCAGCACAUGGACCUCUGAUCGACAGUGUAGUGUUAUAUCAGACAGGAAGUUUGAUUCUAGAAACCCCGUUGGGAUUGGAUGUUUGGAGUUCAUGUGAGGUCAUAAUUCAUUUCAGCAUGGAAUUGGAAAUACCUGGAUAAUACCCAGGACCAGUUUGAGAAUAAUUUCAGUGGAUUCACCCUUGUACUUGGAGCAGUGUUCAUUUGUUUUCAAUGAAUUUCUUUGUCAUGAGAGUGUCGCUUCUCAGAUUGUUGAGCUGACUUGGAUUCUUUGGAAUAGAUUUGAUCCAUAAUGAUGUUAACAUUAUAUCUUCAUGAUCUUGCCAGGCAUGAAAUUUUAUUUUCUUGGUGAUUUUUAUACAUCCCUGGACAAUUGCCUUUAUUGAAUUACUAUAUCAAUAUUAAGGUGCUGAUGCUUUCAUUUAAUACAAGUUGGACUGUUCCAAUGAUCAAACUGUAUUGGAAUAGUUAUUAUUGUCUGUUGUAGUCGUGUCAAUUUUGAUCUAUUGAUCAAAUCCAAACUUUAAUGCAAGGACUAGGGCCAGUGAGGAAAUCAUUAAAAGGAUUAUAUUGUAGUAAUACAGUGGCUGGUAUAAUCCAGUUACUAUUCUUUGUGUCGCUUCGAUGAUGACUAUAGAGGGCAGUAUUGAUAAUCAGGACGAGACCGACUUUGGCAUCGAGUAUGACGACGCUUUCUCCAGCAAGUACAUAGCCAAGCAUAUCCUGGGAAGGGGAGUAAGCAGCACAGUUCGGCUCUGCUGUGACCGCAUCACCAAUGAGGAAUAUGCGGUUAAGAUCAUUGACAUCACCGGCCAGAACCAUGGGGGUGACAAUCGAGCGGAGGCCAUCCAGGAGGAGUAUCGUAACGAGGUCUCGGUCUUGAAUAAGCUGAUUGAGGGAGGACAUCCCAAUAUCAUUAACCUUAUUGACUUUAUUGAGUCUCCAACCUACUUCUUCCUAGUAUUUGAACUAUGUCACUCAGGGGAAUUAUUUGACUAUUUGACAGCUGUUAUAACCCUGUCUGAGAAGAAGACUAGGGCUAUUAUGAGGAGUGUUAUCAGUGCAGUAGCUUACAUUCAUAGUCAUAACGUUGUACAUAGAGAUUUAAAGCCUGAAAACAUCCUAUUAGAUGCUGAUUUGAAGGUGAAAAUUUCUGAUUUUGGAAUGGCAGCUGAACUCACAGAAGGAGUCUACCUCCGAGAACUAUGUGGUACUCCAGGGUACAUGGCUCCAGAAAUGUUAAAGUGCAGUAUGGGAUUAGAGAACAUCUCAAGCUACGGACAGAAGAUUGAUCUUUGGGCAUGUGGGGUCAUCAUGUACACAUUACUUGUAGGUAGACCACCGUUCUGGCAUCGGAAAAAGAUGCUUAUGUUACGAGCAAUCAUGGAAGGUAGAUACCGCUUUGGUAGUCCAGAAUGGGAUGAUAUAUCAGACACUCCUAAAGACCUUAUAUCUAAGUUAUUAGUAGUAGAUCCUAAGUUAAGACUAUCCGCUGAGGAAGCAUUGGAACAUCCCUUCUUCCAGCAAACAGAGGUGCCUACAGAAACAACAUUCAAUGCAAGAAGGAAGUUUAAGGCUGCAUGUCUAGUAGUGUAUGGUGUUGUCAGAUUGCGUCACUACUUGGGUCAGCGUAUUGUCUCACCGCACACUAUCCAGGAAAACCCAUAUGGCAUCAAAGCAAUCCGCAAGGCCUUGGAUGGUUGCGCCUUCAACAUCUAUCGCCAUUGGGUCAAGAAGGGCCAGGGUCAGGACAGGGCAGCUCUCUUUGCAAACAGCCCUAAAAUGGACAUAAAGAACAUGACCACUUCUCUAAGUAGUAGCCAGCAGACCACGCCUACUAUAAGUAGAUCUUCAUCGUUGACUGGCAUCAUCACAUGAUGAUGGGGAUCAUCACGCCAGCUUGUUAUUGGACAAGGGUUGGCGGUCGUUAAUCAAGUAUUUUAGGUGAUAUAGUAUGAUUAUCAGCUCUUCACUGUAGGUGUAUUCAAGCUGCUCUGCUCUCCAUAUUUUGCUUGACUGCUGUGGGGUGUGGACUGUCAAAAUGGAUUUAACUUCUUUCAACUGGUUGCAACUGGUUUUUGUAGCCUCAACAUCUGUUGCACCAUAAAUGCAGUGUAUUAACAACACCCAUCUUUCUUCUCAUAUUUUGUCUUGAAUUCUACAAUGGAGACUAGUAUUUAGGUUAUUAUUUUUAGUUUGUGUUUAUCUGCUUGAAACCGCAUCGACCUAAACUAGGUUCACCUGGCUUCAGGUAGCUUCAUCUUUCAUCAUAUACCAGUACCUUAUACUUACUAAAUGCAUGGUUGUUUUUCUUUGUUGUUCUCUCUACAUACUAUGUAUGGUUAUACCAUCACCACUAUUCAGGCCAAUAAAACAAUUAGUUUGAAUCCACUAAGAAAACCUCCAAACUUACCUUUGGACUUUUCAAAAUUCCGAAGAAUUGCCAGUCUGUAUCAGACUCUAUAUAAGAAUAUUAGUACUUUUUAUCAGUGAAUGUGAGAUAUCUGUUUUCAUCAAAUGGAUAUUUUUCGGAUGAUUUUUUUAAUUUCUAUUUUAAUGCCCUAUAUGUUUAAUGCCCUAUCUGUUUGAUUUACAGCAUACUCUGAGCUUAUUUAAUGCACUAAAAAUACUAAGAAUGUUAUUUAAUCAUUUGACUUUUUAUUUCUUGCCAAAUUAAGAAGAAAACAAUAGGAGUCUCUUUUUCUAUCCACCUAUUGAAAGUGAAAAUAUUCAGAAUCAGUUAAACAUACCUGAAAUGAAUCUUAUAUUAA